UGACACGUAUCUUGUGAUUUUUGUAUCGAGUUUGGGGGGGAUUCCCCGGAGUGCGCAUGCUGAACCUGGUAUUACAAUCCCUGAGAGACAGGCUGGUGAUUCCCCGGUGGCAGUAAAGGUUACUGUUACCCACUGCCCAGCUCCUGGGAAACCCUCCUGCACAGAGAGGGUUUCCGUUCUAUCCCGGCGGCCCAAAUCCUCGCUCCAGGGCUGAGCGGCGCCUGCUGCCAUUGGAGUUCCGCCGCCACUGUUGCUUCCUCUCGGCUCUUCUCUCCUUCCCCACCCAUGGAUAACAAGCCCCUCUUGCAGGAGAGGCCACCCGCGUACGCUGCGGUGCCGGAGGGGGGCUACGACUACGGCCAGACCUAUGGUACCAUCCCACCGCCUGGAUACCAGCCCCCUCCAUACUCUUACCCGGCCUCAGGUUAUGUACCUCCAGCUCCUGCAGGUAUCCAGCCCCCUGUGUGUCCAGGAUCAAACUACUCAAACACUUACACCAUUAUCCAGCAGCCAGCUGCAGCUUCAGUUGUAGUGGUGGGUGGCUGUCCAGCUUGCAGGGUUGGUGUUCUGGAAGAUGACUUCACUUGCCUGGGUGUGCUGUGUGCAAUAUUAUUCUUUCCAAUUGGGAUCCUAUUUUGCUUGGCACUGCGACAGCGGAGAUGCCCAAACUGUGGAGCUAGCUUCGGCUAACUGGAUCAAAAUGACCAGCCUACCUGUGGCCAAAUUUAAAUAAUUUUUUACUGUAAAUUCUCUGCCAUUGUGUAUAAACUACUACAGAUGACUUGCCUUCAUUCUGUGAUUUAGUUUGAUAGAAUUUGAGAUGUGAUCCUUAAAAAGCAUGACAAUUGAAUGCCUGCAAGUGACUAUAAUUUCUCCAUUAUGAAUAGUUGAAAUGUACAGGCAAAAAUUGAUUAUUCAUUUUACUGUUUCCUUAAAUUGCACUUGAAAAUGCUAUAAUUAAAUCUACAUCCUUGUAUUACUAUUUUUAACUAGCUACUUUUCUAAAGACUUGGUGUCUGGUUGCUAAGCAGAAGUGUCUAUAAUGGAUCAGAAAUGCCUUUUGGCAACUUGGAUAAGACCUGAUAUGAGAAUCAGUUGAAAUGUCAUUUGUUUGCACACUUCUAUCAACAGGCAGUGUCUUGCAUGAAUGGGAGCCAUUAACUCCAUUUCAGAAGAACUAUCUGAUUAGUCCCAAUAUCCCUAGUCUUGCUCGAUUUCUCAGUGUGAGGGUUUAUACAAUUCUCUUUUUGAAAUUUGCAGUUGACUGUCCUUCCACCCUUUUCAGUCAGUACAUUCUGGAGCUAUACUCACUUUGUUAAAUUCUCAGCACUCUUAUCUAGUUUUGCCAAUUAACCUGAAUCAAAGUCCUUGUUUUACAGACCCUCCUGCCAUAGGCAAUAGUUUCUUCUUGAGAGGGUUUAAUCGAGCAUUUUUAAAAUCUCAAUUGUGAUGUUUUUUGAGACUUAUCAAUCCCAAUGAGCCUGUACACCUUUCCAAACCUACAGUCUUUCUAUCAUCCAAAUGGGACAAUCUAAGAUUGAAUAUAAUUUAUUUUGCAGGCUAUUGUAUGCCAGACUUAAAGGGAUGGGAAACUGUUUUCCUGGUUAACUCUACAUUAUUAGUACUUCUUCACUACAUGAUGUCCCUGCAAUCAUUUGGUGCUCGGGGCAGAGUCCACAAAGCUCUAUUCUUUUGCCUCCAGGUGUUCUGUGUAACCUAAGCAAUGUUUUUCAGAACUUGCUAUGCUGCUCAGUGUCAAAUUAAGAUUUUCCUUGGCUUAUUUUGUAUGCAACAAAUUGAUUUUUGCUUUUGUACAGAUUAUGUUGGGUGAUCUGGGACUUGGUCUGUACUUUGUACUUGUGCACAAGUAUGAUGGCCUUUAAGCAAAAGGAUCUUGGAGUAGAAAUCUAUCCCAAGGGUAUUUUGCAUUUGUCCCUUUUCAUGUUUGAGUCUGUACAACUUGUCUCCAGUUCAUAUCCACAAGACUUUCAAAAACCACCUGUUAACAACAAAACGGAAUCGAACAAAAUGUAAAUAAUAACUUUCAUGGCUGUGGAAAGAUGAGAUUUUUUAAACUUCUAUCUUUUAUCAGACAAUUAGGCCUGAGGAAACUUUAUUUUUGUAGAAUGUUUUCCCCCCCUCUUUUUUUCCCCAGUUUCUUAACAUCUAAUGUAGCCUGGUUUUAAUUGGGUUUGUGAAUUUAAAAGCAGGAGUGUUCCUGGCUUAUUUCAAUUUUCCAAAUGGCCUUUGUAGACUGGAUCUCUGCUACCUUUGUGAAGGUUUGAUACCUUUUUUGUUUUUUCUUUUUUUUUUAAAAAAAAAACUGAGCUCCUAUGCACACGCACCCUAGUUCCUGGUGUCUGAGGAAUCGAGAAUUUGAUGCAAAUUGGUCUGGCUUAACUAAUACCAUCAAACUAUACAAAUGAGUUGGGCAUUAAAUGCUUAGCUUUCUCUCAGGAGGUUAGAAUUGACCUGGAUAGAUCUGAAACACAAUACUGGUCCAAUAAUAUUUGAAAUGCAAUUGGAUGACUAUCCCAUUAGGAACAAAUAAACUAAUACCUAUAUGCAACUAGCUUUGAAAUAAAAUAUAAAAAUCAUUUCUUGUUUCCAAA